CUACCAUCAAUUGAAUCUGAAGCAAUCAUCCAUAACAGAUUUCGUGCUGGCUUACAUCCAUUGAUACAACAACAUUGUAUAACUACUGGAAGUAAAGACAUUAAUCAAUGGUUACGAACAGCAAAUGGAUGGUGGACAGCUUAUCAUCCUACAAAAUUAUCAAUGGCAAAUAAUCCUUUUGAACCUCGUGAUUGUUCCCAACGAUCAUCACAAAUUUAUAAUUCUGUUUAUUUUUAUGAAUAU